AUGAAAAAUUUCACUCUCUCUGCAUCUCUGAGUAGAGACGAAGAAAAGCAAGACCUCUUUUACACAUCAACCACACCAACAACAACAACCAACCCGUCAUCUCCCUCACAAGAUGACUCUCAUUCUACUUCUUCUCCCGAAUAUUCAUCUAACCAAGGACUAACCAAGAAUCAUAAUCAUCAGAAUAAUCAUAAUGGAGGAAACAAUUCAACACGAGCGAGGGGAGUGGCAGUCGCCUAUCGAUCUCAUACCGUGGCAAGUGUCAAGUCUUCAUCAUCGUCCAAUACGCUGCCUUCUGACAAAGUUCUUCCUUCAUCAUCAAGUAAACCAAAGUAUACCAACACGAGUUCCAACACUUCCUCUUCUUCUUCAUUGUUGACUUCACCCAAAGACUCAUCUUCAGUGGAGACUCCUUCAACCAUCAGCUCAUCAGCAGCUAUUUCCAUCGUUGCUUCUCCAGAGUCAUCCUCUUCGUAUCCAUCUCAGAAUAAUUCUCUCGAACCUACACAUGUUUCUUCUUCCUUGCUAUCAUCCUCAGUGUCCUCUUCCAAUAUAUUGCCUCCCACUACUACUACUGAAAACAACAACAACUCUCCACAAACAAGCACACCAAAAAAGAAGAAACUCUUUGGAGGCAUACUCAUGAAAUUUAGAGGCGAUUCAAGUAGUCAUACUGAUAAAUCUUCCCCUACGAGUGAGAAGGACGAUUCUGACUUGGAUACUGCCUCUCCCUCAAAAUCCUUGUAUGCUCAGGAAUUUGUGUCAAAUGUUGUGUUGGAACGUCCUCAGGUCAUUUCUGUUGGAAAAUCCAAUGACGAUUUUAGAAAGAAGCUUCAGGAUCGAAAGAAGAAUGCAGGAACUCGAGUGGUGAAGAAGGAUGAUCAACUUGUUUUUGAAAAGGAGUGA